UAAAUUAUAAAUGUUAAAACUCACAGUAGUUUUCGAUCAGAAGAAUAUUUGAGGCAGCAGCUGAAUGAAAGGGAAAAGAAAGGAAGGCUGUAGUGUUGGAUGAUCCCCUCCUGUUCCUGUGUACAUGAGCUCCAAUUGCAUUCCUGAGUCUUCAAUUCAGUUCAUUUCAGUUCACACAAUGACAGUGCUGCAUCGGAUAUUCCUGCUCCUCUCAGUCAGUAUGGCUUCAGUGGUGGCUGAGAGGUCCGUAAGGAGUAAGAGAGGUCUACUGGAGCUGGCUGGCAUCAUCAGAUGUAGCACAGGAAGGUCAGGAUUAUCAUAUUUGAUGUAUGGCUGCUAUUGUGGGCUUGGAGGGAAAGGCUGGCCCAAGGACAGGACUGACUGGUGUUGUCACAAACAUGAUUGCUGCUACGGCGAUGCGGAAAUAGCAGGCUGCAAGACAACAACCGAUAUGUAUCAAUGGAUUUGUGACCACAAAGAGGUUGACUGCGCUUCCCUUAAAGACAGAUGUGAGAAAAUCCUGUGCCAGUGUGACAGAGAAGCAGGCAGGUGCCUAAGAAAAGCCUCUUACAACAAGAAAUAUGCUUUUUGGCCAGACUUUCUGUGCGGCAAUGAACAUCCUACCUGCAAUAUAUACUGAUUUAUUUGUUAGUUUGCUAUCGAGUAAACAUACUUUCCUUUUAUUUUCAUUUUUCUUGUUAUAGACAUAGUCAGAGUUGUCUUUUGAAGUUUAUUUUACUUUGGAGGAUGAUUUCUAUAGGAGACAAGUGACAAAUUAAAGGCAAAUGAUUGGUACUGGGCAUUAUAUAUUCUACUUAUAUUCUUGUCUUAUCAAAUAAAGGUUGCUACAAAUCAA